GGGCAAAAAAAUAAAUAAAAUAAAAAUUUUUUAAAAACACAAUAAAGCACGGUAUGCAGCAGCAGUAUUUGGCAGUGUCUUUUGUCUUCUUGCUCUACCUGCCAACAUUGGAUUUAGCCUCCCCAAAAGAGAGGUUCCUGAAAGUGAUGUGUAAAUGGAAUUUGGGGUAAGAUAAAUCAUCAUUUACAGGUUUUCUGGAGAAAUGUUCUUGAGUAGUGAAUAAAUUGUCCUCUAUUUCAGUGCUAGGCCUCAAUCCACAGUAAGAAAUACAUCUUACAUCACCCCCAGCACACACGUGCCUGUUCACAACUGAUCCAAACAGCUCGUGCAAAAAUACCCUUACUCCAUGGAAUGCAUUCUGAAUUGGUUUCCUAAUCUUUUCUGUAAAAACGCUGGUUACAACCCCCUAAAUUUGACUUCAUGACUCAUUAACGGGUCUCGGCCCACAGUUUUAAAACACUACACCAGUUUAAUAUUUUAUCGAUCGGGAUGUUUCUGUUUUGCAUGUUGUGCCUAUAGCUUCACUGCCUGCUCAGCACAUUCCACAGAGUGGAGCUGAUCUGGUCCCCAUGCUAGAAGCAGUGACUCUUCCAGACUCUGUGGGGAAAAAAUAAAAAGGAAAAUUCACCUCAGCUCCAUGCUUCUCCUGCCAGCACCAGGGACUGACGAACUCCAGGUCUUCCUAGAAAUUAACCUUGGUUCUGGGGUACACUUUGUGGGGGGAAGGAAACAUUUUUUUUCAGCUCCUUCUUCCCCUGCAAAUUCAAAGUUGUUUUCGUUUUUUAAUCUUCUCUUUGGAUCACCUCCUUUCUCUCAGUGGCUCCUCAGAAAAGGUUAUUCAAGUCCACAAAACAGUUAAAUGACUCAAAACCCAGAUCUGUAUCCUCCUUUAAGUUGCUGUCCUUCAACUAGCCACUCCCACCCCAGCCAAACAGGGGACACCAGGAAAAAUUGGGGGUAAGGGCCGCCUAAGAGAAUGUGAGCUGAAAGAAAUAACAGGGAGGCUCAGUAGGUGUUGGCUGAGGUAGCAGGCUAGUCCUUUUCAUUUUGGGUUUGCUGGAUAACAUGUGAUGCUAAGAAGCCGGAGGAAAGGUGACCUAGUGUGGCCUCACCCCGUGCUUUGUACCCAAUGGCAGCUCCUCCGGAUGGGGAGGGAGGGGGAGGCGGAGGGAGGGAGGGUUGACACUUUCCUUUCACUUUCUCAGGCCACCAAACCUGACACCUGGGGACAGAACUACAGUUCCCACCACGCCUCGAGACAGGAGGAAGAAGGGGCACGGAGGACCAAAAGGAAAACCAGGAGAAAGAGCAAACGUUACCUACUGGCAGAGGUGGCAAGAGCCAUGCAAUUCUCCAGCUCAGCCAGGGCAGCAGAUGAGAACUUUGACUAUUUGUUCAAGAUUAUCCUCAUCGGGGAUUCCAACGUGGGGAAGACGUGUGUGGUGCGGCAUUUCACGUCCGGGGUCUACACUGAGGCGCAGCAGAACACCAUUGGGGUGGACUUCACUGUGCGUGCCCUGGAGAUCAACGGCAAGAAAGUGAAGAUGCAGGUGUGGGACACUGCAGGCCAGGAGCGCUUCCGGACCAUCACCCAAAGCUACUAUCGCAGUGCCCACGCGGCCAUCAUUGCCUACGACCUCACCCGGCGGUCCACGUUCGAGUCUGUUCCUCACUGGAUUCACGAGAUAGAGAAAUACGGGGCGGCAAACUUGGUCAUCAUGCUGAUUGGGAACAAAUGUGACAUGUGGGAAAAACGGCACGUCCUGUUUGAGGAUGCCUGCACACUGGCUGAGAAAUACGGCCUCCUGGCUGUCUUGGAGACGUCUGCCAAGGAGUCCAAGAACAUCGACGAGGUCUUCGUGCUGAUGGCCAGGGAGUUGAUGGCUCGCCACAGCCUGCCCUUGUACGGGGAGGGCACCCUGGGCAGCCUCCCCCUGGAUUCCAGUCCUGUCCUCACGGCCCCGGGGCCGAGGGAGAAGAGCCAGUGCACUUGUUGAGUAUGUUCCCCGGGCCGGUGGCACCCAGCAGAGGCCACCUCCGAAACCAAGGGCAGCGGACGGCCUCGUGUCUGCUGAGUAGACCUCGGACUCCAGUGCAGACUUGCAGCUGGUCCUACUUCUUCCUGCCUGGUGGGGGGGCACCCUUUUGCCUCAGUUCACACCAGAGGGGGAAACCCUGACUCUGAGGAUAGAGGACACCACUGUUUUUCUUGACUUUUCCUAGGACUCAAGGCCCAGUGGUAGGAGGACAAGAUUUGUUCCUUUUCAUCUUUCCCUUUUCUGUCUCCCCAACCCUUCAGCUGUUUUCUACUGAACUCUGCUUCUCACUUGAAGAAGAGGGUAGUGAAGGAAAGAAGAAAAGAGAAGUAGAAGAAGGAAAGAAGACAGGGGAGAAGAUGUCUGGAACAUUGCAGAGUGGUUGAAAACAGUGUGGGCGUGGGAAGAUGGGGAAAAAGCCUGCAAUGAUGAACCAGAUGCUGUUAACUUUUGCUUCCUGACAUUCACACCUCGGGUCUUAGUUUGGGGGGGCAAAGCUUUUUGACCUAAAGAUGAUAAAUACGGUCUUGCCAAAUGGUCAGGAGCCAUGUGAUGGAGAGAGAAUUAGAUUUCACUUUAUCCGAGUUGGGCGGAUUGGACCACCCUCCUAGGAUGAGGGAGAUGCCUACAAUUUCUUUCCAAAACACCCAAUCAUCUGCUGGAUCAAAAGUCAUUUCUGAAUUGAAAUUAAAUUGGCUCAUAGACAAAUAUCAAACCAGUACUGACCUUGCUGUAUGGCCGGGGCGUGCUGUCUACCCUCCGGAAGCUGUGAGUCAUAACCCUUGUGUCCGCAAAGCUCCCUGACGGUUGCUGCUGAGGGUGUCUUACGAUCCUAGUAAGAACUGCAAGUGUUGGUCCGGCCACAACAUCAGCUCUGAAAGAGGAAAUGUCUGUCUGGGGCGCACCCAGGGUGCAGGUGGGUCCCCCCCAGGCAUUUCUAGCUGUAGCACUGUUAUCUGCAGGCUGAGACCAGCACAAAACAAAUAGCCACUAGCCACGUGUGACUGACUACUUGAAAUUGGCUAAUUUCAAUUUGAUGAGCUCUGAAUGUAAAAUACAUACCAGAAUUUGAAGACUUAUUAUGAAAAAUAAAAUGUAAAGUAUCUUCCUAAUAAUUUUAUAUUGAUUAUAUGUUAAA